ACGGCGGCAGUUUUCUCACGACUUCAUGCAAAGUUCAAAAGCUCCCACAAUUUCAAAGUUUUGCCACAAUUUCAAAGUUUUGUCCGUCAACCCUCGAAGAAUGUCGCAUCCCGGAGAAUCCAUAAAAUCAGAGAAGAAAUCGGUGCCAAAAUGGGUGCCCAUAUCUCUCCUGGCCUUGACUACCGCUGCACUUGCGGUACCCAUCGUACUUUUGCGUCGACAAAGAGCUAGUGUUCUUACAAAAACACUCGAAAGUUCUGCACCUCCACCACCUCGACGAACGGCCUUGAGUACUUCUAUCACAGCUACUAGCCUUAGCACAAGAUCAGCCCCUCCGCCAAGACGCGUAACAAACGAACCACCGUCAGCGGAAGAUGGAUUCAAUGCGGCAUUGUACACUGCAAAAGCGUUCGGCUUAGCAACACUACUUGUCACGGUUGGUGCAACUACCGCUAUCAUAGGUGUCAAAUCUUCCAUGGGUGUCCGUGAUACACAGGAAUUUGCGGAUAGAAUGCGCAGUGCCGUAGAACGAUACAUGCCCAUGCUUUCAUCACGAAUACAUAGGCCACCAGCACCUGAAGAACAUGGCGAGGAUGCACCUCCGCUUGACCCGCCGCACCUUAUAGUUCAUGAAGGCGAAAGUGAAUGGACAUGGCCGGCUGCACAAGCUAGACUAGAAAAUGCUUUUGAGCGUGAUGGUUUCUCUGGUUGGGCCGAAGCUGCUUUGAAGGAACUCGAGGCGGAAGGUGCAGUAAAAAGAUCGAAGAGACAUAAAUCAGAGCAUUAGUUCUAUAUCGUACCUCGUGAUUCAUGCCAAGUCGUUCUCAGAUAUUCAGACGUAUAAGAGUUCGUGGGCGUGAAGCAUGUUUGGCAUGUCAUGUUCAUGGUGAUGCAUAAAAAAACAAUACGAAUGAC